AGGAGUCGGCGCUACUUUGGGGGCGUUCCCGCCUCCAGCAGCCGCGCCAGUCCCAUCUGAACCCACGAGAGCCUUAGCACGCACGCGCUCACGGGAGCCGCAGGGGAAGCCGGGAGGAGGUAGGGAGCGCGGAAGUUCGGCGAUCUCGGCGCUGUAGGAAAGAGGUCAGCUGUUCGGACAGCUUGCACUCUGGCAGUUGUGGAGGGCGGCACCCGGGGAAAAGGAGAGGGCCUGAGGCUGAACAACAGCGCUUUUCGUUUUGCCUCUUACAUUUUAUAACCGACGUGAAGAGGCUGUGUUGAGUAUUGUGUUUGGCUGACAAGAAAGUAACUAUAAGACAAGUUCUUAUUCAACAUCAUUGGAAACAUAUUCUCCAAAUCUACAUCGUCAUCCACAUCUUUGCCUAUUUCUCUAGCUUCUAGUUGGUAUCACAAGAACUUGACUCUGAAGGCUGAAGGCCCAUCUCAGCUGAAGGGCUGAAGACUCCCAAGCCACGAAUCCUUCUUUGCUGUGUUGGCACCUACACCAGAAGAGCAGCACUUAAUUCCCAGUAAGGACCAGGAAAGGGACACUGGGCUGCUCUGAUGCAGUGAUACUGCUGGAGAACUGGCUGUCUGCUCCAUAAGUUCUCCUGAGUGUAUAUUUCAGAUAUUCCAUAAGACGCCUGCCUGUGAAUGCAAUUGCUGGAUUAAAAGGAAAUUUCUUCACAUGGCUGCUGAAGAAGUGACCAUUACAGUUCGCCUCAUUCGUUCAUUUGAGCACCGCAAUUUCAGACCUGUAGUGUAUCAUGGAGUUAAUUUGGACCAAACUGUAAAGGAAUUUAUAGUAUUUCUAAAGCAAGAUGUACCUUUGAGGACCAGUCUGCCACCACCAUUCAGAAAUUAUAAGUAUGAUAAACUAAAGAUUAUUCAUCAAGCACAUAAAUCAAAGACAAAUGAACUCGUAUUGAGUUUGGAGAAUGACGAGAAACUUCUGCUGAAAGAAGACAGCACUCUGAAAGCUGCAGGAGUUGCCAGUGAAACUGAGAUUGCAUUCUUCUGUGAAGAAGAUUAUAAGAACUACAAAGCUAAUCCCAUUUCGUCCUGGUGAUGGUGUCUCAAGAGCUUCCUUUCUGCAUACCUGUAGUGUAAGCUCUUUAUUCCACUAGUGAGUUUUUGAAAUUGACAAAUGCAUCUUAAAAAUUAAUCCCCAGUGCUACUAUUUGAGCUAAAUCUGGU